GGUCUUGUAGAGUCUACAAGAUGGCUACAAGAUAUAGCCAGCUCAAUAUUGAUACUCUGAAGCAGAAGACUGGGGUAACAGACACCCAGCUAGACCAAACAAUUGAGCAGGAACAAUUGUGGAGCCUGGCUGGUGUACUUGGCAGCUAUGAUAAGUUUGUUCGAAAGCCAGGGUUUGAUCUCAAUAAUGCCGAUAUAGCAGAUCUGGAAACCAUUGCCUCUAAGCGUAAUGGAAAUCAACAGGCUAUGUAUGAAGCUUUAAGGAAAUGGGAAAAUGUCAUCCGUGACUUCACUUAUCGGUCGUUGUUGGAGAUUUUGCUUAGUUUUCGUGAAGGAGCUUUGGCUGACCAAGUGUGUAGGACUUUCAUCCAGACACAAGCCAGUGAGCUGAAUAAAGAAGACGCUGUGUCCUUGUCACCUGCACCAGAUAGAAUAUCACUUCCGACACGGCCACCAAUUCCUGACCUAGUUGAACCAAAUUCCAUGGCGACAGGCACUACAACUGCUGACCGCAUACAUGAAUUUGAGACGAGGUUUAUGGAUCUACAAACGAAAGCUCUCGAUGAGAUAGAUGAUAAACGAAUAACUGUAACUCAGUUCCGUCGAAAGCUCAUGAUAAUGCCAAGCUCCAUCAAAAGUGAAAAUAAAGAUUUUAUCUUAUCAAAACAUUCCUUGUUUGAAAAAGCAGAAUCGAUCGAAAGCAUAUUUGUGCAUCUCAAUUUCUACCUGAGCUUUAUUGAUUUCAGCCUUCUUGAGCAUAUUAUAAAGCAAUUUGGUAGUGAUAGUCUGAAACGAGACAUGAGCAUCUAUGCAGAAGACAUGAGACAGUUUAGAAUGAAAACCUCUGUUAGUGAAGCACUUGACUAUCUUCCGAGAAAUUCAGAUGCUCCUGCUGGUUACUCUCGUCUAACAGUGAAAUUUGCUUUUGAUAUUCAGACAGCAACUCUGGAAGACGUAGACAAAUACAGGAAACGUUUCGCUAGUGAUUUCUCACUCUCCCAGCUAGCCCUUUCUUUGUUUGAACUUCAGGAAAGCUCACUACUGGUUACAUGGCUAGUGCCUGCUGCUGUAGGAACAAUGAUCAGUGACCAAGUGCAGAAGAAAAGGUCUUUUUUCUUUUUCAGCAAUGGUAUUCUCAAACUAUCGCUUGAAGUAGAAUGUCUCUACCCUUCCAUGCCGAUGAUAAAGGAUAGUCAAUCAGGUACAGAGAGAUCUGGUGGUGCUAUGAUUGAAACUGGAGCUGGAAAACCCAGUUUGACCUCUCUUGAACCACAUCACCUUAAACUAUAUCAAAGGAAGGUGGUGAAACCAACAAUCAAGCUCGAACCUAAUCAUCUUGGACUGGCUAUUGUUGUACCAUUCCAUUCGUUUUUGAGCCUAACGAAUGUGCUCACGAGAUUUGCUGUUUACGAGCCUCAAGAUGAACCAUCCCUAAAGUCAUACAUACAAGCUGUAGAUCUUGUGGAGCUGAAACACCAUCCCAUAUUAGUGAUGGUAUAUGGACAUGGACUUGCAAGGGGUAAUCUUCUACACCCUUCCGGUGGCUUCAUCAACAUCAAGGAAGAUAUUAUGGCACCACUAUUCCCUCCUAUUGCCUCACACCUUGCUGACAACCCAAAGAUAUUCCUGUUUGCUGCCUCAAAUUCUAAACGCCAUGCUCUACAUUUCGUUGAAGCAAUCUGGGAAAACUGCAUUGUUGGUUAUAUUGCAUGCGAUGAUCUCGGAGAUAUGCGGUGGGUGAGACACAUCGUACGGGGCAAACUGGCGCACCCUUCUAUGUCCGUGCAAGAGAUCUUUACUUCAAUUAGCGACCAACUUCUACCUUUUGCUACCAUGACUGUGCUCGACCGUCUCAAGAAGCCAGUCUACUUGUAUCCUCGUGGAUCUGAGUUAAUGGAAAUUCACAGCAGAUUACCCAAACGUGCACGUGUUUCCUCAACCCCACCUACAUUCUCUCAUCCUCAUGGAUCUGAGCUAAUGAAAACUCACGGCAGACUAGGUUCACGUCCACAUUUUCCCACACACUCACGUACAUUCAAUCGCAGCAGAUCACAAGAAUCAUCCGAGGACUUCGGUUUGCUGUCACGUUUAGGUGGACUAUCAAUCGCUGCCAAGGAGCCUGAUACUGAAUCACAUCUACUGGAACAACCAAUCAAGAAGCUCAAAACUGAACUCUCACCAAAGCAAUCGAAGGGAGUCCCCAAACAAGCUGAGUCGAGUGAUAAACUCUAAAAGACUAAUUAAUAGUGCUCACCUCAUGCUAGUAUGAGUCUUUAUAUUUUUUGUACACAUUAAUUUGUAUUUAAUAUUGCAAUUAUUAUAUGCCUCGAGGCGUA